AUGACCGUUCACCGCCCUGUAAGGAACCGCUUGUUUUUCUACCGCCUGUUCCAGAGCGAUCCAGCUGGUAGAGUCGCGCACAGCCGCGAUAUAUCGCACGACUCCCUCGCGCUCGCCGCUAGCUCCGGCCAACGGGGGAGGAGGGAGAGCGGCAGGCGGCUCCCCACACCGCCCUCCGGCCCGGCACCCAGCGCGUUUCUUGAAACUGUACUCGAAACUGUUCGCUAUCUGGGAGUCUACGGGAAAGUACGCGAGAGGAGUUCUUUGCCUGGGGUUGUAGCUCGCUGCGUUAUUGCUAAGGGGGGAAAUAAGCACCGAAAGCGCUGCAGCUUUACCCAGCGGCCGCGAGAACCGAACGCACAGCGGCGGGCAGCGCUCCGGGACCCCGCGGAACCCCGCAGCGGCGGACGGGCACAGCCCGAAGAGGGGCGGCGGAGCGAGAGCACAAAGACGGGACCGGGACCGAGCCCAGCCCGGACCGACGGACCGCGGGCUUCACCGCCAAGAACCCAGCGGAACGCCGAACCACACCUCGGGGGCCGGGGCCGCGCUCGGCGGUUCCUUUCCUCGCAUCAAUUUCCACUUCAAGAAAUAACCCCCGCCCGCGCCCGAAAUAAAAUAAAAUCAGUAAACCUGCCCGGUCCCGCUCCUUCCCCGGGGAGCCUUCCUCCGCCCGGCACUUCGUUUUGGAGGCAGCGGCUCCUUUGAUUGUUAUUUUUCUUCCUCUAUCGGACCC